CCUAAAAUUGUCCGAAUUGGUACCUACCAGCAAACCUACUCGACUCUGACCCUUUCAUACAUGGUCCAUGCCGAAAGUUGUCAUUCUUCUCUACCUUGCUACUUCUGGUCCACCGCACUGGACACCUCCACCCACCUUAGGCUUAUCUUACACCUACCUCUUAUGAUACUACGCUUUUCCACAUUCGUCUUUAAUGAAAUUGGUUCUUGGUCAAUUUUCACCUUCCUUUACCACGCGGAUCUUGCAGCAUGUCCGAAAGCUAUUCUCGGGGUCGCUCUCGAGCUCGUUUACCACCUUACUCGGAACUUAACCGGACCACGCCCCUGCAACGUUCUGUAUCCCCUCGCUCACAAUCAAGACCUAAUAGUACCUCUCGAAGUCGGUCUGUCGAGCGUGGAGCUGUCCGUCGCACUGGACACCGCUGGUCUCGGUCUCCAUCUCGUAGUCCAAGCCGAAGCGAGACCUCCAGGCGCCACAGAAAACGAGACUAUAGUCGGACCCCGAGCCCAUCUGCUAAUAGAUCGAGAAGCUCAAAGAUAGUUGUUGAAAAGUUGACCAAAAAUGUCACCGAGUCGCACCUUCGGGAAAUAUUUGGUGGCUUUGGCGACAUUCAAAGUCUUGAUAUCCCUAUGAAUAAAGCCUUCAUGACGAACAGGGGUACUGCGUACAUACUCUACCACGAUCCUGCGGAUGCAGAAGCGGCUAUCGCGCACAUGCAUGAAGCACAGCUAGAUGGUGCCUUGUUGAAUGUAUCUAUCGUCCUCCCAAAAAGAGCUUUUUCUCGCUCGCCGCCACCGGUCCAGAACGGAAAAGGAAGCUUCAGCCGCCAGGGUCACGGUCGUGGACCUAUGUUGGAUAGCCGCGCACCCCGUACCUCUCCGCAUAUGCGCAGAUCUACACCUACUAGGAGGUAUCGCCGUUCUCAGCAUAUGGAGAGACAUGACAUCUAUAGGCCGCGGUCCCUAUCCCGCUCUAGAUCGCCACGUCGCUCUCGAUCACUCUCUUCUAAAUCUCUUUCAACGUCACCACCAAGGAGGAGGGGAUACGAUGAUUCCCGUCGCCGCCGUCGCCGCCGCAGUCCCAGCUACAGCAGCUAUGGUUAUAGCAGUCGCAGCGAUGGGAGCCGGAGUUUGAGUCCAAGUAGAAAUCAUCAUUGACACGGGCCCUGCUGAAUCAGGCCUCUUCAUGUCAUGAGAAUCUUGACAGGAUGCUGUAAUGAAGGGUGUCCGUUUUUCACAAACAUGGUGCUGACACGGUGGGGUAACAAGUCAGUGGUACGCUAUGCGAAAGUAUUGAGACAUUGUCGCAAAAAUUAUAAUGUAAUAUUAUGUAGUGCAGUCAAGGAAUUCAUCCAAGACUUAUUAUCCUGCGUCACUCGGGCGUUAUGAAUCCAAUCAUUCAA